AUGGCACCCCUCCUGGAAGCGGUCCUGGCCCACCAGAGCAGCGAGGCCGCCGAACUUCUGGGGCGACUUCGGCGGGGCAGUGGAAACUUCGCGAUGGCUCCGGCGAGAGCCUUGGGCGGGGAGCGACGGCCCUGGGACACUGCACCGGCACCACAGCUGGCGAAGGUGCAAGAGGCUCCUUCUGCGUGGGACGCAUGGAACACGGCACCACAGGCGCCUGCACCAGCCCCGCCGGCGCCGGGGCCCCCGGCGCAAGCUGCGCAAGGCGCCCCCCCGGCCACUCCGAGCUCGGUGUUCCAGACGCUGCCUACGGAGGGCACGGUGGCCGUGGCGCAUCAGCCCCCACAUGUGGGCUUGCAGAACACGAACAACACUUGCUACAUGAACAGCUUCAUUCAGGGCCUGUACCUGACCGACGCCUUUAUAUGGAGACUGUUCUCUUUCAAGCUGCGUCUGAAGGACAACCCUUCCAAGGUCGACCAGGAGGACUUCGAAUUUGGCACUAAGCUGGUUGAGCUCCUCCAGCGCCAGGUCGCCAAGAUGUCGAUGACGCGCCAUCCCAACACCGACAUCUGGGACAUGCUGCAAAGCUUUCCAGACAUUUACCGAUCCGGAGAGCAGCAGGAUGUCACCGAGACCAUCCGCUUCGUCUUUGAGAAGCUUGGCAGCUUCGAGCAGCCUCUUAUUCGCGAGGUCUUUGCCGGGCAGCUGGUGGAGAAUCUGCAAUGCAAGGUCUGUGGCCACAUCAAGGCCAAACCAGAGACCUUCACGGACCUGGUCCUCUCUGUACCGACAGAGGAACAGGUGAAAGCGGCUGGCAGCAUUCCCACUACGCAGGCACUUCUGGAGGAUCGGCUCAAGUUCGAAGAGCUGGAUGCGGACUGCUUGGUGAACUGUGACCGAUGCCAGGACAAGAGACAGAUGGGCAAAUGGUGCGAGAUUGUCUCCCCGCCAUGUCACAUCUGCAUCUGCCUGAACAGAUUCACGUUCAAUGUGGAGAAGAUGGACUUCACCAAGGAGAAGACCCCUGUGCGCGUGGACGGGCCUUUGAAGAUUGGACCCUACGAAUACGAGCUGUACCAUGUCAUCAUCCACACAGGCAAAGAUGCCUCCAGUGGCCACUACUAUGCGGUGGGACGGCGAUCCGAGCCGGUGGGGAAUGGCGACACCAGCUGGUACACCAUGGAUGACUCGCAGAUCAAGCCAGCCGAGCUUGGCUUGCUGCAGGGCAACCCGCCCGAGAAGCUCAAGGACGACAACCCGUACGUCCUCUUUUACCGCUGCAAGAACGCCCCAGCGACUCCAUCCUUAAGGAUUCCCAAGAAGCUGGAGAGCUUCGUGAAGAAGGAAGAUGCCAAGCGAGAGUGA